AUGCUCGAAGCACCUCAGACUGAGCCGGAAUCGCUCACAGAGCGGAAGCGACCCAGGGUUUCGGAAGAUAACGAAGAAGACACAGGAAAGAAGCGAUCGAGAGGUCGGCCACGCCUUGAUACCAGAGAUGAGACAGCUCAGGAUCGCCGUCGAACUCAGAUUCGACUAGCUCAGCGGGCCUAUCGUAAUCGCAAAGAUACUGCAAUUACCACUCUUGAGGACAAAGUCAAGGACCUUGAGGAUGCUAAUGAGAACAUGAGUAAAGAAUUCAUGAAUUUCUUCGACUUUGUCUUAUCCCAGGGAAUGCUCCAAGGUGCGCCAGAGGUGGCACGACGACUAAAUGAUACAACUCGCAAGUUCCUCUCUCUUACACGCAAAUCUGCUGAGGACUCAAGCAGAGACGAGUCGGGUGGUGCUCCAGCCCCGAAUCCAAUGCAUGGCGAAGAUGCGACACAAUCUCCAGAGCGACGUAUAUCGGCGCACAGUUUAAACACUUCGAGCUCGCCUAGUGACAACCUCUCUGUGUCCAACCCUUCAGUACCCCGUAUGAUUCCUCAGGACAAACAGCAAACUCCACCGCAAAGAGUGGAUGGACAGGUGCGGCAACAGGCUACUCCUCCCCUGAAUCUACCUUUCGAGAUUAUUACAAUGCCGACAACAGACAACGCGAGUUUUCCAGUUUAUGACACUCAGACACCAAUUAACCUGGAGCAAAACCCUUUUCUUCAGUCACCGUUUCCUAGCGUUCCUUCGCCGCCUUCUUAUUCGUCACAAGAGAGAAGCUUCGGCCGCCGUCUUCAAAGAGCAUCAUUAGAGGCAGGGCUGCGGCUGGCAUCGAUGACCAACCCACCUCCUCAUCGUUACGCUCAAGUCUUCGGCUUCUGUCUACUCUUCGAGCCCAAAGAGUCAAUAGUUAAUCGUAUGUCCACCACGUUGUCCAAGAUCAGCCAGGAGUCGCUCUUUGUAUGGAGGUAUCCUUUCACAAACCUUGGCGGUGCCGGCACAUUCUUUCCCGAUAAUGAAGGUGCUGGUGGCUAUUCGUCAACGGGUCCCAACGGGAACAGGCUGCCAUUGGGUAACCAAGGCUUGGUUCAGUCUAUGAAACCCCCAGAGAUGACAGGUUUCGCAAUGGGGCCAUUUGGCCCGGACGUAGAAAUCACGAGAGAUCGUGUUGACGAACGCAUGCGCAUGAUGUUCAAGGGAUUUGAGGGAGACUUUUUUGAUGCUGAUGAGGUUGAGACGUAUUUGCGCCAGAAAGGAAUCGUGAUUCCUGCUAAUGUGGAUUUCAUUGAUGCCGAAAUCGAUAUUGGUUCACUGGGCGAGUCUCCAGACCUUUCAAACUUUGGGGUGAAUAAUAAUAGCUUUUUUGGCGCACCACAGGCGUCGGACACCAACCAAGGGCUUUACAUACCACCCCAACAAUCAGCAAGAGAUGUACCCGGCAUGUGGCAAAGUCCAGUAUCUACCAGCGUCGCCAGUGCCACAUCAUCCAUGACAGCAGCUUCGCUCAUGGCACCGACAACAGGUCCUGAUAUGGCAAGCUUCAUGCCGCAACUCGGGCCUACAAACGGCGAGCAGUAUGGUCAGGGACUGGCGUCCUUUAUGGAGACUUCAUACUUGCCGCGAGAAUGGACAACGAAUCCGAGCUGGAUGAAGACCAAAGUGACGGUGGACGUUAACCGAUUGGUAGCAGAAAUGACAAGUAUGGCUGUGUGCUUGGGCCGGACGCCGGCUGUACGGCCUCAGGAUAUCGACAAAGCGGUCAAGUUGGCCAUUGUGUUGCCUCAGUCUUAG